AUGGAGCUCCAUCUCAAACCGGCCAAAGCACCGGCGAUCCGCCUCCGCCUUAGCAUCAUAUCACUCGCGCCACCCAAUUGCACGCAUUUACAAUUCAAUUCACAGCAAUCUCUGGAUCACAAGGAGAGCUUCUUGAAUCGCAGCAGCAACGACGACGAAGACGACGACGACUGUGUCGAGCUCGAGCUCUUGCCUGCCAUGCCGCCGGCGAAGAGCUCUAAGCAUGGCUUCCCCAAGCUGUCGGCGUCAAGCAAGGCGCUGGUGCUGCUGCCGCUGCUGCUCCUCGGGUUCAUCUACCUCUUCGUCUACCCCAAGGAGUUCGAGCUGCAGGCGCUCAUGAUGAGCUCGUGCGGGCCGACGACGGCGGCGGGGGCGUACACGGCGGCGCCGCGCCGCCUCGCCGGGGAGCCACCGGCGUCGCGGAAGCCCGACUUCCGCCUCCUCAUCGGCGUGCUCACCCGCGCCGACAACUACGAGCGCCGGCACCUCCUUCGCAUGGUGUACGGCCUCCAGCUCGCCGCCGGCGACCUGACCGCGCACGUCGACGUCCGCUUCGUCUUCUGCCGCCUCUACAAGGACGACCAGCGCGUCCUCGUCCCGCUCGAGAUCCUCCGCCACGGCGACAUCAUCGUCCUCGACGAGUGCGAGGAGAACCUCAACGGCGGCAAGACGUACGCCUUCUUCUCCGCGGCGGCGCGGCUGUACGCCGACGACCCCUACGACUACGUGAUGAAGGCCGACGACGACAUCUUCCUCCGGCUGCCGCGGCUGCUGGCCUCCCUGGGCGCGAUGCCGCGGGAGGACGCGUACUACGGCGCCACCAUCCCGUGCGGCAGCAUGGACCCGUUCAGGGAGUACAUGUCCGGCAUGGCGUACGCGCUGUCGUGGGACGUCGUCGAGUGGGUGGCGACCUCCGACGUGCCGCGCAACCGCACCGUGGGGCCGGAGGACAGGAUGACGGGGCAGUGGCUGCGGCUCGGGGGGAGAGGGAAGAACAGGUUCAACGCCAAGCCGGCCAUGUACGACUACCCGCUGCCGGCGCCGGUGGACAAGUGCUCGCACGAGUUUAUCCCGGACACCAUCGCCGUCCACCGCCUCAAGGACAACCCGCGCUGGGCCGAGACGCUCAAGUACUUCAACUUCACCAAGGGCCUCGAGCCCUCAAAGUUCUACAAGAUAAACUAGAAACAGAGGAUCCAUCGAUUGGAAUUGGACAUGCGUUAUACAUUGUUGGUUAAUUUUGGGGAAUGAAAUGGUUUCUACUAUAUAUAUUUUUUUGGGUAUUAUUCGACAUUUUGCAGAAAUUAUUUUCCUUUUUCCUCCUUUAAUCCCCAUCAGUUUGUAAUGAACACUUGAUUCAAAUACACAGAUGAUAACUCAAAAG